GCGCACUCCGAGUCCAGCAGGGAGAGAGAGAGACAACACGAGACAGGAUGGCAUCUCUGGGGCUCAAGGCGAUUGUCGGAGAAAAGAUUAUGAACGAUGUCAUUAAGAAGUUGAAGAAGAAGGGAGAAUGGAAGGUUUUGGUGGUGGACAAGCUUAGCAUGAGGAUGAUCUCAUCAUGCUGUAAAAUGACAGACAUUAUGUCUGAGGGAAUCACAAUUGUUGAGGACAUAACCAAGCGGCGUGAGCCUCUUCCUACCAUGGAAGCCAUAUAUCUCAUCACUCCAUCUGAUGAGUCAGUUGAGGGACUCAUCAAUGACUUCAGAGAUCCCCGUAAUCCAAUAUACAGAGGGGCACACGUCUUCUUCACAGACACAAUCCCAGACUCUUUGUUCAACUUGAUAAGUAAAUCCCGUGCCUCUAAAUCCAUAAAGACACUGACUGAGAUUAACAUCGCCUUCCUGCCCUAUGAAUCACAGGUGUUCUCAAUGGACAGCCCAGAUGCCUUCCAGGAUUUCUACAGCCCGUUUAAAGCUGAUGUAAAGAACCAGGUGUUGGAGCGUUUAGCCGAGCAAAUAGCCACCUUGUGCUCCACACUGAAAGAGUACCCAGCUGUUAGAUACAGAGGAGAGUACAAAGACAAUGCAGUCCUGGCCCAAAUGCUUCAGGAUAAACUGGACGGUUACAAAGCGGAUGACCCCACUUUGGGAGAGGGACCUGAUAAAGCACGUUCCCAGCUAUUGAUUCUGGAUCGAGGUUUUGACCCUGUAUCGCCACUUCUACACGAGCUCACAUUUCAGGCCAUGGCCUAUGACCUGCUGCCCAUUGAGAAUGAUGUCUACAAGUAUGAGACCAGUGGAAUGGAUGACACUCGUAUGAAAGAGGUGCUGUUGGAUGAAGAUGAUGACCUGUGGAUGACUCUGAGACAUAAACACAUAGCAGAGGUGUCCACGGCUGUGACUAAAUCGCUUAAGGACUUCUCUGCAAGCAAAAAGAUGAACACAGGAGAGAAGACCACCAUGAAAGAGCUCUCCCAAAUGCUUAAAAAGAUGCCACAGUACCAGAAAGAGUUAAGCAAGUAUUCAACUCAUCUGCACUUAGCAGAAGACUGUAUGAAGCAUUACCAGGGUACAGUGGACAAACUGUGCCGUGUCGAGCAGGAUCUAGCUAUGGGCACUGAUGCAGAGGGUGAGAAGAUCAAAGAUCCCAUGAGAACCAUCGUACCCAUCCUACUGGAUGCCAACGUUACCAUCAUGGACAAAAUCCGUAUCAUCCUGCUCUAUAUCUUCCUCAAGAAUGGUGUGUCAGAGGAGAAUCUCUGUAAGCUCCUCCAGCAUGCUCAGAUCCCUCCAGAGGACAGUGACAUCAUCUAUAAUAUAGCCCAUAUGGGGGUUCCCAUCAUUUCAGAGCAAGUAACCACACGUAAAGGGAAGAAACCUGACCGUAAGGAAAGAAUCAGUGAGCAAACGUACCAGCUCUCCCGAUGGACUCCUUUGGUCAAAGACAUCAUGGAGGACGCCAUUGAAGACAAACUCGACCCGAAACAGUACCGUUACAUCUCCACACGCACAGCAUCCUCAAAGACGACCACGGCUACCAGUGCACGUUAUGGGAACUGGCAUAAGAACAAGAGUCCAGGAGAGAUCCGCAACGGCCCACGCAUCAUCGUCUUCAUCAUUGGGGGUGUGACUUACAGCGAGGUGCGCUGCGUCUAUGAGGUCACGCAGGCCAACGGCAAAUGGGAAGCUCUCAUUGGCUCCACCCACACCAUCACUCCCAUUAAACACCUAAAGCAUCUGCAGCACCAAGACUUCCUGGACCCCAACGCAGCCCCUGAGGACCAGCUUCCUGCAGAAGAUGAGUGAUGAAAAAAGACAUGAAGAAGAAUGUGGUGACAUCAUUGCCCUGCUUCACUAUUCUGAUGUCAUCAAUGACAUGAUCCAAGACGAGUGUUAAGACAGAAUCUUUCUUAAAUCACACACCCAUACAAUGUUUCUUCAGCUAAUUUUAGGUAGUCUGUCUCCCUUCAGCACUUCCCUUCUCAGCAAUAGGCUAUAGUGAAGUGUAUUAUUACUACUACAUUCAGUAUCACCUAAAUAUUAGUCUCAGAUUACAUAAAAGAUCAUUAACAAAAAAAAAAAAGGUAUUAUUUAGUUGUCAGUGUCAUCCAGCAUUGUUGGUAAUAUGGGACCAAUUGACUUGAGUGUAACUCAAACUGUAGAU